AUGGACCCUUCCAAGAACACGACUUCUUCUACUCCGAACAACUCUCCCCCGGUUUCCCCUCCACACCCUCCUUCUGAACAUGAUAACACCCCCACGGAAACAAACCCUAUCCCUGAGGCUGCUGAGGGUUCUUCUGAAAAUGUUAUCAUGAAAACUGCUGGGGAAGUUUGGGCUGAGUUAACUGCUGGGGAUGAUGAAAUAUAUGGAAAUGAUGGUGGUGAUGGUGGUAACGAAGACGGCGGAGCCCAGGAUGGUGGUGCUUCUAGGCCUGUGGCGAUCGCUGUUACUGCGGACGGUGCAAAUGUGCCUGUGAUGGGGAGUGGUGGUGCUGUUGGAGAUAGUGCUAAGGGUUCAAAGAAAAGAAAAAGCAAUCAAGUGAAAAACCCUCCUCCAGGAACUCCUACUUGUCCUGAAUGCAAAAGACAGUUUGCGACAUGGAAGGCAGCCUUUGGACAUAUGAGAAAGCACCCUGAACGCCAACACCGUGGUUUUUUUCCACCACCUACUUUUGAACCACCACAAGUGCCUGCGGCUGAAGGUGAUGGUGGUAAUCAGGUUGACGAAGAAGUGCAACAUGUUGUUAGAGGACUUAUAGUUGAUUUGAAUCGUUCCAUUAGAGGAGAGGAAGGGUCUUCUGCUGGCGGAGGCAGUGCUAGAAAAAGGAGAAGCCAACCAGCAGUACUUGAACAACCACCGGGGUUCUCAGCACCACUUCCGCCAUCACAGAGGUCUGCUGACAUGAGUAGGAAUAGGAGAGAUGAACCAGCACCACCACCUGCAGCGGAUGAAGACCAAAAUGAGAAUGGAAGAAACAAAGGUUUUGAUUUAAAUAAAUUACCUUCUGAUGAUGACGAUGAUGAUGAUGAAACCGGAGAGAAUUGA